CUCGCGCCGAGUCGGGGCCGGGCCGCCGCGGGGCUCCAGGCCGGGAGCGGACGCCCCCUCGGCCGUCGCCGGCAGCCCGCCGCCCCUCGCUUCGGGGGCCCGGGCCUCUCCUGGUCGGCCGCCCCGACAUCCCUCUGCCACCAUGAGGAACCAGGAGCCCAUGGUGGCUCCUGCCACCACUGCCAUGCCUCCUGGGCCUGUGGACAACUCCACCGAGAGCGGAGGCGCCGGGGAGGGCAAGGGGGACUUGUCUGCCACGAUGAAGGCCAGAUUCUUCAAUGAGAUCGUCAAGCUCCGCUUGCCACCCUGGGCGCUGGUCGCCGUCGCAGUGGUCCUGGGCCUCCUGCUCCUCACCUGCUGCUUCUGCGUCUGCAAGAAGUGCUGCUGUAAGAAGAAGAAGAACAAGAAGGAGAAGGGCAAGGGCGCCAAGAAUGCCAUGAACAUGAAGGACAUGAAGGGCGGCCAGGACGAUGACGACGCAGAGACGGGCCUGACGGAGGGAGAAGGCGAGGGGGAGGAGGAGAAGGAGCCGGAGAACCUGGGGAAACUACAGUUCUCCCUGGACUACGACUUCCAGGCCAACCAGCUCACCGUGGGCGUCCUGCAGGCCGCAGAGCUGCCCGCCCUGGACAUGGGUGGCACCUCGGACCCUUAUGUCAAGGUCUUCCUCCUUCCAGACAAGAAGAAGAAAUAUGAGACCAAAGUCCAUCGGAAGACGCUGAACCCCGCCUUCAAUGAGACCUUCACCUUCAAGGUGCCGUACCAGGAGCUGGGAGGCAAGACCCUGGUGAUGGCCAUCUACGACUUCGACCGCUUCUCCAAGCACGACAUCAUCGGGGAGGUGAAGGUGCCCAUGAACACCGUGGACCUGGGCCAGCCCAUCGAGGAGUGGAGGGACCUGCAGGGCGGAGAGAAGGAGGAGCCCGAGAAGCUGGGUGACAUCUGCACCUCGCUGCGCUACGUGCCGACGGCUGGGAAGCUCACCGUCUGCAUCCUGGAGGCCAAGAACCUCAAGAAGAUGGACGUGGGCGGCCUUUCAGACCCCUACGUGAAGAUCCACCUGAUGCAGAACGGCAAGAGGCUCAAGAAGAAGAAGACGACGGUGAAGAAGAAGACCCUGAACCCCUACUUCAACGAGUCCUUCAGCUUCGAGAUCCCCUUCGAGCAGAUCCAGAAGGUCCAGGUGGUGGUCACCGUGCUGGACUACGACAAGCUGGGCAAGAACGAGGCCAUCGGCAAGAUCUUCGUGGGCAGCAACGCCACGGGCACGGAGCUGCGGCACUGGUCCGACAUGCUGGCCAACCCGCGCCGGCCCAUCGCGCAGUGGCACUCGCUGAAGCCCGAGGAGGAGGUGGACGCGCUGCUGGGCAAGAACAAGUAG